AUGAAGGACCAUCUUAGCAGUAACAUCUACGCCCGCGAGCUCCGCGACCAAGCCGUCCGCAGCCGAUCAUACCGCAAGCUAUACAGCGACAGACGGCUCAUAGCAGACUUGGACAUUGUCAACGAGCUUGACGGACAUUCAGGAUGCGUCAAUGCCCUGUCCUGGUCGAAGUCAGGCAAGCUGCUUGCGUCUGGAAGCGAUGACCAGCACCUCAACAUCCACACCUACCAACCGUCCACAUCGACCAGUCAGUUCCAACUCACAACUACAGUGGCGACGGGGCAUACGCAGAACAUCUUCUCCGUCAAGUUCAUGCCUCACCACAAUGACCGGACGGUGAUUACAGCGGCUGGAGAUGGCGAGGUUAGAGUCUUCGACCUGGAGUAUGCUGGGCAGUCGAGGGAGGCAAGUGCGGCAUCGGCUUUUGCGAGUGAGGGGCGGAGGAGAGGUAGGAACACCAUCUACAACGGGGUACGGUACCUCAGCGAUGGAGAUACGGACUGCCGCGUCUACCGAAGCCAUGGGGACAGAGUCAAAAGGAUCGUUACAGAGUCGAGCCCGCAUCUCUUCCUAACUUGCUCCGAGGACGGCGAGGUACGGCAGUGGGACCUACGGCAACCGUCGUCUGCGUAUCCUCCACCGAGGUCAAGGCAUUCAACGGAACCCGACAGCUCUGUGCCACCUCCGCUGAUAUCGUACAAACGGUACAACCUGGAUCUGAAUAGCAUUUCCUGCUCGCCAUCUCAACCUCAUUACAUAGCGUUGGGUGGAGCGCACCUCCAUGCCUUUCUGCAUGACCGGAGAAUGACUGGUCGCGAUCGGUUACGGGAAGCUGGCAAGCCGCUCUCUCCGUUGCGCAGCAUGAGCGCGGAAGAUCAGGAGUUGAUGCGGCAGGCUACACAGUGUGUACGGAAGUUCGCACCGAAAGGCCAGCAAAGGAUGGGUAGGACGGAGAACGGGCAUAUUACGGCACUGAAGAUCAGCGAUGCUCGGCCGGAUGAAAUGGUGGUAAGCUGGAGUGGUGAUCACAUCUAUUCGUUCGACCUCGUACGCAGUCCUGAUGCUACGGAAGGCGACGCGGCAGCAGCAACCACGAAGGCUGGAGCCAGUGCGAGGGUGAAGGAGAGCAAGGAUCGGAAGCGGAAGAGGAGUAACCUCAGCAGCCAAUCCACAGGCCAGCAAAAUGUCGCCACUCGAGGCUCCUCUCGCUCUCGUACCGAGCAGGAAGGUGCAGCGCUUCGAGUACGGUACCAGAAUGGGCAGAGCGAAGACAUACCGUUACCAAGCCAAACGCGGUCUGGCUUGCAUGCACUUACCGAGAAGCAACGAGAGGCGCAACGCAUCGCUACUACGACGGUCAAGAUACGCUCGGCACUCUUCGGUGCGAGGGAAGAAGGCAAGGAUGCCACAGCGCAGUUCACGACCGCACUAGGCGAAGCGGCAAGCAUCAUGGCCGACAUCGACGAAGUCCUGCGUGAGUGGCGAUACCCCAUGGAGCCGUCUGCGGAGAUGGUAGUCGUAGAAAGGACACUCCGCUCCCAUCGCGAGAGCACGCGCCGCUUCGUCCAAGCUUCUGGCACUGUAGCUCGUGUGCUCGGCGGCAGACUCCGCACCGCUUCCUCCACACCGAGUCCGUUGCUGGGUCACUUCACAUCGGUGGAGGUACGCACUAACGACCUACCCCUUGAACGUCAAGAGCAGUUCGGCUACGACUUCCUGAAAGCAAUUCUGCUCUGGCUUGAAUCAGGCAUAGGUCGCCUCAUUGAUGGCUUCACACGUCCCGCUUCGAUGCCCCUGGACUUCAAGGGAGCGCAACGGCUCCCUAUACCCCACCAUGAGGCUACCACGGAAGCGAUCGAUGAGUAUUUAAUCCCGUACUUGCUGCGUAUCGCAAGCGACAAACCUAUUGUGAACGUGGAGGCUAACCGGUUCGAAACGGACGAGAACCGACGAGUAUUUCCUUCGGAGAAAGCUGCCGUGCUCGCGUUCGCGGCGGCCGUGAGGAUUCCGUUUGCUGACUUGUCUUCGGCUGUGGUGCUUGCGGAGGGUUCGGAGCGGAUCCAAGCGCAGGACCGGACGGUGGCGAUGGGUUUCUGGGGCCUGAAGGUUGCAAGGGGUGUGUUGUUGAACGCUGCGGAGGGCGUCAACUUCAUCUUCGUGGACCGGGCGUUUGGUGGAGUUGGGAGGGUGGUGAGAGAAGAGCCCUCCGACGUGCUUACGGAAAUGGAAGAAGGGCACGCCCGACCGGCCACCGUUGAGCCGGCGGGCGAUGAUGAUGAUGAAACCUACGUUAUGAACGAUGAUGAUGAUGACGAAGACACAGCCAUGCUUGAAGACGAUAAUGACGACGACGACGAAGACGACGAAGACGAUAAUGAUGUGGAAAACCAUGACGACGAAGACUCCUCCGAACCCGACGAAAUCGACGGCGUCCCCAACCUCCACGCCCUCCCCCACUUCAUGUUCACCUCCGCCUUCGAACGGCGGCGGCGCAAAGAAAAAGUCGAACUCAGCGUCCCCUGCCACCCGAGCACACGCGUCUACCGCGGGCACUGCAACGUCCGCACAGUCAAAGACGUGAAUUUCUUCGGCCUAGACGACGAGUUCGUCGUCUCCGGAUCUGACGACGGGAAUUUCUUCCUCUGGGACCGCAAGACGGCGGAGUUGGUUAACGUGCUAGAGGGUGACGGGGAGGUGGUGAAUGUGGUGCAGGGACACCCGUUUGAGACGGUGUUGGCGGUUAGUGGCAUCGAUCAUACGAUUAAGAUCUUUAGCCCCGAUGGAAGAGCGCGGGCGAAGGCGAGGAGGGGAGAUGGGGUUAGUGCCCAUGAUGAGAAGGAGGAUGAUGAGGAUGAUGAAUACGUCGCGCCUACGGGUCUGCCGAGUCGGAAGAGGAUGCAUGAUGCGUAUCGGAUUAUGAACAAGAAUGAUGUGGAGCGGCAGGGCGGGAAUCAGGAUUCUUAUCUGACGGUGCGUGAACUCCGUUCGUUGAUGUUCAUGCUGAGCCGAGGGUGGGGUGGCGCGGUGCUUGCUACUUGA